AUGUCGAUGCAUGCACAGGUGACGGCGGUGGACUGGGUGUGGUGGAUUGGCCUCCUCCUCGGCGUCAUUCCGCUGCUCGCGCUCGCUGUGUGGCACAACAACGACGUCUGCCACUACGCCUUCUUCGCGCUGAAGCGUUGGCGCCGUCGUGCGAGGCUCCCGCCAGGCCACAUGGGCCUCCCAUUUGUGGGUGAGAGCCUCUGGCUGCUAUGGUACUACAAGCUCGCCGCCGCCCCGACGGCUUCGCCCACGCCUGGAGGAGGCGCUACUACGCCGGGGGCCGCGAGGGCGACUCAACAAGUUCGUCCUCAAGUCCUCCUAGGAUGGCACCUUCGGCAUCCGCUGGCCCGCGCCGGAGCUCGUGGGCCUCUCCUGCGUGGUCAACGUCGAGGGCAGCCAGCACGCCAGGCUCCGCGGGUUCAUCCUCGUCACCAUCAACCGCUCUGGGCCAUCACCGAGGUCAUCCAGCCGCGUCUCGUGGCGGCGCUGCGGUCGUGGGCGGACAAGGGCACCAUCUCCGCCGCCACUGAGAUCAAGAAAGUGACGUUCGAGAACAUAUGCAAGAUGUUCGUGAGCAGGGAUCCGUCGCCUCUCACUGACAAGAUCUCCAUGGUCGUCUGCUUUCACGAGACGCGCGCUCACGACGUCGGCCAAGCCACACGCGCCCGCGCCAAGCAGAGCCGCAUGCCUGGCUGCGCGCCCACGUCAGGCUAA